AUGAUGCGAGUUAUCGUGGUAGGAAUAACUGAUCAUGUUACUUUCACGCACGGAAAGAGGAAUACGCACUUCAUUGUCCGCUUAAAGUCAAAUAAUCAAGAAUGGUGUGUAUGCAGAACUUAUGCAGAAUUUCAUGCUAUCUACUUGAAAUUAAAACAAUCGUAUGACUGCACUGGACUACAGUUACCAGCGAAUAAUUUUCUGACCAAACUGGACAUCGUUUUUUCAACAAACAGACGUAAAGCCGUGCAUAAUUUUGUUAACAAGCUUGUUUCACCUGCUAACAGCUAUAUGAAGAAUGAAGAUGUACAAACUUUUUUGGAUUUGCAUAAAGUUGAGGAAUUGCGGAAAGAAACGUUAUCAAAAGAAACUGAUUUAAUUGAUCUAGGACGAACUGAAGAUAAAAGAGCGUCUUUAAAUGAUUUCGAAAUAGUGAAGACUAUUGGUGAAGGGAAUUUUGGCAAGGUAUACCUAGCUAUUUCACGUAAAACCAAUGAAGCAUUAGCUAUAAAAGUGUUGAAGAAAGAUGCAGUUAAACAACGCAAAGAGGUUGAUAAUGUAAUGUCUGAACGUAACGUUCUAGUCAAAUCAUUAAAUCAUCCAUUUCUGUGUAAAUUACACUUUUCAUUUCAAAGUACAAAUAAAUUAUACUUUGUCCUUGACUAUAUCAAUGGUGGUGAGUUAUUUUAUCACAUUCAGCGCGAACGAACGUUUGCUGAACCACGGGCUAGAUUUUACGCUGCACAGAUAGCCUCUGCUCUAGGUUAUUUGCAUUCAGAAAAUAUAAUAUAUCGUGAUUUAAAGCCUGAAAAUAUACUGCUUGACAGUAAGGGAUAUGCCAUACUGACAGAUUUUGGUCUGUGCAAACAGAAUGUUGAUAAUCAGUCUACCACAUUGACAUUUUGUGGUACUCCUGAGUAUCUAGCUCCAGAGAUUCUGCGCAAGCAACCGUACGAUUUUGCUGUCGAUUGGUGGUGUUUAGGUUGUGUCAUUUAUGAAAUGUUACAUGGUUUACCACCAUUCUAUUCUGAAAAUCGCGUUCAAAUGUAUCGUUAUAUUUUGGAAAAAUCGCUUAAAAUACGCAAUAGUGUUACCCCAGCUACUCAAGAUAUUUUAAUUAGAUUACUUCAAAAAGAUAAAAACAACAGACUUGGGAGUAAAACUGAUUUCGAAGAGAUUAGCAGACAUCGAUUCUUCAAGGACAUGGAUUGGGUCAAACUUCUUGAUCGUAAAUUACCUGCUCCAUUUUUGCCUUCUGUUACUUCAUCAACUGACACUCGGCAUAUUUCGCCAGAAUUCGUGAAUUCACCUGUCCCAAAUUCCCUCAUCUUCUCCGUCAUGAAGGCGAAAAAUUUACGUGGCUCGAGUUCACCGGACAAAACAUUUUCUGGAUUUUCUUAUAUUCCUACGAAAAAUACUGAUUGUUGA